AUGAAGAUGGAAAAGCUCAUGAAAAACCAAGAGAUGGAAAGUAAGAACUAUGAAGCAUUGAUGAGAAACCUUGAAAGACAAAUAUGGCAACUAUCCAAGCAAUCUGCUGAGAGGCCAAUUAAUGUCUUCCCAAGUGACACCAUCCCUAAUGCAAAGGAGGAAUGCAAAGCCAUACAGCUUAGGAGUGGCAAAACAUUAGGAAAGGACAACAAGGAUGCCAGCAGGGAAGAGACAGAGAUUGAGGAAAAUGAUAAGGUGGAUCCCAAGAAGGACAAUGAACCACAAGCUCCAAGGAAAGGCAAGCAAAUCUCAGAGUCACAAGCACAAGAGAAGAAGAAAGAAGUAAAGCCAUAUGUUCCUCAAUUACCUUACCCUCAGAGAUUGCACAAAGAGAUGAAGGAUCAACAAUUCCCUAAGUUCUUGGAGAUUUUCAAGAAAUUGGAGAUCAACAUUCCUCUAGCUGAAGCCUUGGAACAAAUGCCACUUUAUACAAAGUUUCUCAAGAAACUCAUCACCAAGAAAAGGAGCUGGAAAGGGAAGGAAACUAUGAUCCUUACCCAGGAAUGCAGUGCUGUAAUCCAAAAAGGGUUGCCACCCAAACUCAAGGAUCCAGGGAGUUUCCUCAUAUCAUGUACCAUUGGGAAUAUGACAAUAGAGAGAGCUCUCUGUGACCUAGGUGCUAGUAUAAAUCUUAUGCCCCUUUUCAUUAUGAAAAAGUUGCUCAUAGAGGAAGUGGAGCCCACAAGGAUGUCGUUACGGCUUGUUGAUAGAUCCCUUAAGACACCUAAUGGAGUGGUAGAAAAUCUGUUGGUGAAAGUUGGAGAGUUCAUUUUUCCUGUCGACUUUGUGAUCCUAGUUAUAGAAAAGGAAGAAAAUAACUCAAUUAUCCUGGGAAGACCUCUUCUAGCUACAGCAAGAGCAAUCAUUGAUGUAGAGAAAGGUGAAAUAGUUCUCAGGGUACAUAAUGAGCAAAUGAUCAUCAAUGUAUUCAAAGCAAUGUAA